AUGAAGUUUUGGAAGAUUCUGAGGAAAUUGCUCGACGAGAUGUUCCCCGAUUGGCAGGACAAGUUUAUUUCCUACAAGGAUUUGAAAAAGGAGCUCAAUUCCAUCUCUCCCAUGGAGGAUGAUAACGACGGUGAGAGGCCGAGCAAACUGCGCAGGUUGGGAGGCGAUCCAUCGGGCCAAGGGAAGAACGAGACGGCACAUUUCGUCAAGCUCUUGGAAGCAGAGAUUAAGAAAUUUAAUGCCUUCUUCAUGGAUCAAGAGGAAGAAUAUAUCAUCCGAUUAAAGUUGCUGAAAGAUGACAUUGCUGAGACUGAGAAUUUGAAAGAAGAGCUUAUGAAAGCAGGAAGAAAGCUCGUAGAUCUUCACGGAGAGUUGAUCUUGUUGGAGAAUUAUAGUGCGCUUAACUAUACAGGGCUAUUGAAGAUUUUAAAGAAGUACGAUAAGAAAAGUGGCGACCUAAUUCGACUGCCUUUCAUCCAGAAGGUUCUGCACGAGCCAUUCUUCAGGACCGAGGUUCUGAACAAACUAGUAAAGGAGUGUGAGGUGAUGAUCUACCGCAUCUUCUUGCAGCAUGAGCAGUUGGGCCCACAAGAAGAUGCUUACAGUGAUCAGCUAGUGGAGAAGGAUUCUCAAAAACUGAGAGUUCCGGUAGAGCUUUCAGAUAUUGAAUGUAUGGAAAACAUGUAUUUAAGACUCACGGUAUCGGCCUUGAGGACCCUCAAGGAAAUCAGAAAGGAAAGUUCAACCAUUAGUAUAUUCUCUUUGCCGCCAGUGCAAGGCACCGAGUUUGAUGAUUUUGGGAAGUUCAGUCCACUUGUAGUGCAAGAAGCUAGGUGA